AUGCUGGAAGCCACCGUCCUACCGAAUCCUCGGAAGAGAAAACGAGACGACGUUCAUCCAUAUCUCAGCGGAAACUUCGCACCUAUUGAACGAACACUACCAUUAACGCCAUGUACAUGGUCGGGCGAGAUUCCGGAAGAGCUAUUUGGAGGAGAAUAUGUCCGCAAUGGAGGCAACCCAGUAUUGAACAAGGACUUAGGAAGAGACGCACAUUGGUUUGAUGGCGAUGGUAUGCUCAGUGGUGUCAGCUUCAGGAGGACCGACAAAGGAGUGCAGCCAGAGUUUGUCAACCAGUACAUCCUGACUGAUGUCUUCUUAUCGACACAAACAUCUAAGAACCUUACAAAACCAAUACUGCCCAGUAUUGCAACGCUCGUCAAUCCCGCCACAACUUUGCUCCAAGUGAUGUGUGCCAUAUUCCGCACCAUAUUCCUCGUUAUCUUAUCUCGAUUGCCUGGGUCGGUGCAGGCGAUCAAGAAGAUUAGUGUAGCUAACACACAUUUCAUCUUCCACGAUGGCCGAGGUUUGGCUACCUGCGAGUCUGGCCCGCCCAUGAGGAUCGCUUUGCCCAGCUUAGAAACUGUGGGCUGGUACAAUGGCAAGCGUGCUGAGGGCGAAUUAGGUGGUGAAGAAGGUACAGGGUUCGGAGGCAAAGGCAUAAUAGGAUUUAUGAGGGAAUGGACGACUGCUCACCCUCGAGUUGAUCCCAAGACGCAAGAGCUGAUCUUGUUUCAUUCCACCUUUGCACCUCCGUUUGUUCACUAUUCCACCAUCCCUUCGACACACCCACCUAUGACACCAAUCGCGCCUCUGGACAAGCCUACUCGCCUGCUCAAUGCACCAAUACCUGGCGUUUCGUCCGCGCGGAUGAUGCACGACUUUGGAGUUUCUUCUCGACACACUGUCAUUAUGGACCUUCCUUUAUCUUUGGAUCCUGUAAAUAUUGCCAAAGGCAAGCCACCUCUAAACUACGACGCCAAAGGAAGAUCAAGAUUUGGUGUUUUCCCUCGGCACCAACCGGAGCUCACGCAAUGGUUUGAGACCAAAGCAUGUUGCAUCUUUCAUACUGCCAAUACUUGGGAUGACAACUACAACGACAAGAUGACCGGAGUUGUCAAGACUUCUACCGUCAAUAUGCUGGCAUGCAGACUAACUUCCGCUUCUGUGGUCUACGCAGCCGGAAAUAUCGCCAUUCCCCCUUCGUCUUUGGUUGCGGCCACUGACGAGGAGGAACAAUGUCGGCUUUAUUACUAUCAAUUCGAUCUUGAAGAAGCAGGAAACAAGAUCAACUAUCAAUUUGGGCUUUCUGCGGUCUCCUUUGAAUUCCCAAGCACAAGCGAGGAAACAUCUAUGGGUCCUGCCAGAUAUAUCUACGGCUGUUCAGCAUCGGACACAACAUUCAACACUUCGCUUGGUAAAGCUAGCAAGAUCGAUUGUCUUGUCAAGGUUGACGCCGAAACACUAAUUCGACGAGGCAAAAAGGAUCCCGGCAUAACACCAGUGACCGGCUGUGUUGACAUGCGUAGUAUUACAGAGGUAAUGGCUUCGGAUGACCCCAAUGAUCCAAUACAGGUCUUUAAGCUCCCACCGAGGCAUUUUGCCCAGGAACCACGUUUCGUGGCCCAGAAAGGUGGUACACAUGAAGAUGAGGGAUGGCUCUUAACAUAUGUGUUCGAUGAAUCCCAGCUUGACGAAGACGGUGAAUGUACUGCGGAUGCCAAGUCGGAACUCUGGAUCAUCAACGCACGAGAUAUGAAAACUGUCGUUGGAAAAGUCCAUCUGCCGAUGCGGGUUACUUACGGCUUGCACGGAUCUUUUGUUGACGAAAAGAACAUCAUCAAUCAACGACCCGUCGAGACCAUACGGAGCAUGCACGUUAAUCAGGAACAAGAUGAAAGCAAUAGCGUAUGGAUGACUGUAAGGGGAGGUAUAGAAAGAUUUCUUGGGUAA